GUAUUUCCUGCCACAAAUCUCAAUCACACCUGCCCCUUGAACUUACAUGCUCAACUUCUUCACAAAGGAAAUGGCUUUAGACCUCUACUAUACAAUGACACCUUAGAUUUUUGUCAGUUUAUGAAAAACCCCAAGCACUGGAUGUUUUGGAAACUCAUUUUUGAUGCAUUUUCGCCUUAUACUAAUAUGAAUCAUACCUGCCCAGUGAAUCAUGAUGUGAUUGUCAAGGAUUUAAGUUUGACCACGGAUAUGAUGCAACUCCUACCAUUUCCACCCAAUACCUAUCAAUUGCGUUUUCGAUUUUUUAAUGCCAUAUCGAGGCUUUCAAACGAGUGUUCAAUUAACAGUUUACAACUGAAUAUGCUACGCGUACUUCAAAGAGUCUAUUUGUAUGCGACCUAUUUUGAAAUAUUCAAAUAUUUAUUUCAAUUCACGAUCUUGAGCUUGGAUAAAAAAUAA